AUGAGCAUAAUGCUCGUCCUUGCAAUCGGUAUCAAUUGCUUCGGGUCUCGGGCGUAUGGCGAGGCAGAGUUUGCCUUUAGCUGUUUCAAGAUUCUUACCAUUGUAUCUCUCAUAAUUACGGGAAUCAUUCUUGACCUGGGAGGCGGAACAGGAGGGUUUAUUGGCUUCAAAAACUGGAGAGAUCCAGGCCCGUUCGUGGAAUGGAGAGCGAAGGGUUCCCUCGGCAAGUUCUUGGGUGUAUGGUCUUCAAUGAGUCAGGCCGUUUUUGCAUUUUUUGGGACCGAAAUUCCCGGUGUCGCUGCUGGAGAGGUGCAGAACCCGGCAAAGAAUAUUCCUCGCGCAGUGAAUCGCGUCUGGAUACGAAUGCAAGUGGUCUGUUUUGCAACCCUGUUUUAUGUCCUGGCAGUCUUUGUGGCAGGACUGUUGGUCAGGUCUGACGAUCCUAGGCUCACAGGACCGACCACAGGGAGUCCUGGUCACACCCUUGUUCUAUCUUCGCCCUUUGUCAUCGCCAUGGAAUAUUCGCAUCUCAAACACUUAGAGCAUAUCUGCAACGCAGCGUUCGUAAUAUCUGCGUUCAGUGCCGCUACUUCAGAUGGUCAGUAUAUCUACUACGACUAA